ACCAAGGUUUAGAUACAGCGCGACACCCACUCAGCCGCUGUUGUGAGGCUGUCUGUUUUCCCGAACCAUCUCCGGCAUUUCUUUUAUUAGAUUCGCUUGUGGAUUGUUUAAAAUUUCUUCGUUCAAACUGCUUAUUGCAACAGCUUCUCUCGUACAGGUGAUCGAACGCCAGAUCGCAGAUCGAACGCAGAACAGAUUCAACGACCAACCGAAACAUUCCCGUUCGUGCGUGUCGGAGCUUGUUGAUUGCGUUGUCAUAUCGCGAUUGUGUCGCUGCACAACAAACAAAGAUCUUCGUCGGUGUGUUUUCGGUGUCUCCCCGCUUCGGUGAAAUAAAGUUUGUUCCGGUUUAGUUUGUUUUCGCCCGUGCCGACAACGCUGAAUGCCCUUCGUAUCGCAUAAAAAAGUGGUGUGUUGCCCAGCCCAGCGCAUUAAGUGAAGUUCCGUGGUAGAAAGUGGUUAGCGUUACGAGCACCUACCCUCCUGCCCUUAUUCGUAUCAGUAAACUUCCCCCCUGCACCACCACACAACACCAUGCGUAUCACCGUGAUGGACGCCAGCUCCUCGGACAUAUCCACGUUCGAGGUGGCCGACGAUAUGGAGCUGGAAAAUCUGAUCGCCCUGUGCCGGAUGGAGUUCAACAUACCGGCCCACAUGGAGCUCGGGCUGUCGGCCAAGCAGCGGAUGCUGGUGGACCCCAAACAAACGCUCACACACUACGACGUGAAGGAUGGCGAUAUGUUGCUGCUGCACAAGACCUCCGUCUCGCAGCCGGCCGGGGCAGCGACCGGGUCUUCGGCCGCCCGGGCCCGUCCAAUGCUGCCGACCGGACCGUCCACACUGGAGGGUGGUGAACCGGCAGUGUUGGCCAAUCUGGACUUUAGCUCGAUACAAGUACCUACCUCGAUCCGUGCGGGUGCCGGUGGCAACGGUGGCAAUGCUUCCUCCAGCGGCCUGAACCGUCCCUCGCCGUCCGUCGGCCUGGAGGACGAUCCGGCCGUCGUGCGGGAAAUGUUCCUCUCCAAACCGGACCAGCUGGCCUUGCUGAAGCAGAACAAUCCGCGCCUGGCCGAGGCGCUACUGUCCGGCAACCUGGAAACGUUCGCCACCGUCCUGCGGAAGCAGAUUGCCGAGCGCAUGGAGAAGCAGCAGCAGCGGCUCCGGAUACUGCAGGCCAGCCCGUUCGAUGCGGAGGCGCAGCGCCUGAUCGCGGAGGAGAUCAAGCAGAAAAACAUCGAAGCAAAUAUGGAGGCGGCGAUGGAGUACAACCCGGAAACGUUCGGCACGGUCGUGAUGCUGUACAUCAACUGCAAGGUAAAUGGGCACCCGGUAAAGGCGUUCAUCGAUUCGGGCGCCCAGGCCACGAUUAUGAGUGCGGCGGCGGCCGAGCGCUGCAACAUAAUGCGCCUGGUCGACACGAGAUGGGCCGGCAUAGCGAAGGGCGUCGGCGUGCAGCGCAUUAUUGGCCGCAUCCACAUGGUGCAGAUACAGAUCGAGAAGGAUUUUCUCACGUCCAGCUUUUCCGUGCUGGAGGAGCAACCGAUGGAUAUGCUGCUCGGGCUGGACAUGCUUAAGCGCCACCAGUGCAACAUUGACCUCAAGAACAACGUGCUGCGCAUUGGCACCACCGGCACGGAGACACCGUUUUUGGCCGAAGGCGAUCUGCCCGAGUGUGCCCGGCUGACGGGCAGCCCGGAGGAGGAAAAGCGUGCGCUGGCCGAAUCGGCCAAGCUGGCGGAAGAGCUUGCGAUCAAGGAAGCGCUCAGCAAGAGCCAAAGCGAUCAAGCUACGACGAGUGGCGCUGGCAGCAGUGGCAGCAGUAGCACAGCGGCAGCGACUACCACGACGACGACGACGGCUGCCGACCCAACACCGGCCACGACGACCACGCCACCCUCGACGGGACCGGAACCGAUGCAGCAGGACGAGGAGGAGCCACCGCUGACACUGUUGCCGACCGAUCGCUUCACCGAGAUGGACGUCGUCGAGCUGGAAUCGAUGGGCUUCAAGCGGCAGAUGGUGAUUGACGAGCUGCGGGCAGCGAACGGGGACAAAACGCAGGCCACCUCGGGGCUGUUUGCGAAAUUGGGAUAAUACCGCCAGGACGUCGCGAAAACAAGGAGGUACAAGCGGUACACAGAAGCGUAGGUAGGAGUGAAGAGAUCUCGCGCACUGCCGGCAAGCGCCCGGAACACCCUCACACACAGAUGACGGAAGAAAGGUGCAAACCGUCUUUUAACCGUUUUUGUCUCUUUAUGCACCCAAAUCCGUCGUGCACCUCAGGUUGAUUGGACGUGUUGCGUCUAUGUGUGCUUAUGCGCGCGCUCUUAACUUGUCUGUGUUUUGUGAUUUUCCCUUCGCGAUGGCCACCAUCGCCACACCGUGAAAUGAGUCCUUUUGCAGCAUAAACUUCUUGCCCAAGACACAGUGCUUGCAUUUGGCAUAUCGCAAACAAAGAGAGAGGGAGAGGGUUUAAUGGUGAGAUCAUUUUCUUGAUUAGUAGACUAUUAUAGUGUAAAGGUUGGUUUAUUGCACAAUGAUUAUAUUAUGUUUUCGCUCUCCACUUCAUCCGGGAGAUGGUGAUCAAAUUUAUUUUGCUCAAAAUUGUCUUGGCAUCGACGACAAUGACGAGUGCAUGCAAUCGAGAGCCGUUGGACUGAAUUAAUUUCCAUGGGCAAGGAACAUUGCUGUGUGUGUGUGUCUACUCCUUCCGCCCCAUUGAUACCUCGUAAUGUUUCGCUUUGUUUGCCGUUUUUCUAUGCUACUUUCUUCCCUCUACUCAAAUUCUCUCCUCCUUUCGGUGGGCUUAAGGGUUUAACGAAUUUUGUCUACUAGAUAAGUGAUACAUAUUAAUAAAAACUGCUAGAACAUUGCUCGAAAGAUGAA